GCAUUAUUUCCGGAUCAGCACUCGCCAUUUUGCUCACAAUCUAUCUCGCGCUCGUCACCAGCCACGAAAUAACCAGCGACGCGUUUACCAUUGUCUUUCUCAUCCUAAUCGUCGUCCUUACAAUCGUCUUCAUCUAUCUGCUCAUCCGGCUCUGCCUCGCGGCAUAUCCUCUCGGAGGGCAGCCCUUACCGGAAUCCCAGCUAUGCGCCGAACGGGACCGUGAACGUGUCACUCAGCAUCAGCCGCCGUUUCUCUACUCUUUUGCAUUCGCCCCCCCGCCUUCCUCCGGGGACAUGCCUCAAGGGCUACAACACCGCUUGGCAUACCCUGUUCGUCCUAUCCGGGUGAUUCUCGCGCGAGACGAAGAGCUGGCACAUCUCGACGAAGAUGAGAUGAGAGAAGAGCAUGUUGAGGAGGAUAUGGUAAUUGGUCGAUAUGGCAAUGUUGAGAAGAAAGCAGUCAUUCGUCCUCCCCCGCCAGCAUAUGGACUAUGGAGGGAUAGCGUUCGCGUCGACCCAAAUCUCCUCUUCUGGCAGCGCGCAAGCUGUCACUGUAAUGGUGAUAAUCAUUCGGAGACACAAAUCUCACGCGAUACACCUUGCCUACAAUGUCACCAGCGUAGUCCAUCCUCUUCUUCAACUUCGUCGUCAUCUUCAUCCUCUUCAUCCGCAUCAUCGUCUUUGUCGCCAAAUACCCCAUUAUCACACCAUCCAGGCCAGUCGCGGCGUCACACGCGAACAAGCUUGACUGCCUCCGAUACAUUAUCACUUCCUCCAUCCCCGGCUUAUUUUGACGUCUGUUCACCUCCGCCCCCGCCGCCCAUGCCCGCCAUGGCUUCCACGGUGUCAGUAGAAGCGUCUCGAUCUGCAGUCUUGACAACUGUCUCCGUGGGCGAUUUGUCUGGUGUCCAGCAGUCUCCAUCAUCCUCUUCCUCCUCGUCACAUCCGCAGCCACAUCCUCAUUCCCCAAUUGGUCCUAGUACUACUAUUACUAUUAGUACUACUACUCCCAGCCAAACGCCUAGUCCUCCUUUUUCUCAUUCUGCACCUACUUCUUCACCUGCACCCGUCCCCGUCCCUGUCCCCGCUCCCACUCCUGUCGCAGUACCCGCCGCAGCCGCACUUUCCACAAACCCUGGUCCAUCCAUCCCACCGACCGCACAUCCACCGCGCCUUACGCUCAUCGUGCCCUCUUCUUCCUCUUCUGCCCUAUUGCCCUCUUCAUCGUCAUCGUCUUCUUCGCCACCGCCGGCAUAUGACCGUCCUUUUGCAUAA